GCGGCUCAUUUCGCUUCAAAACCUCGUGACGAGCGGUUGCCGCGAUUGUCGCGUUCGCUGUCUUUCCGAUUUCCUCAAAAAUCAAGCCACUUUUUUGUAAAACUACAACAUUUUUUUUCGAAGCAACCAAUUCAUUAAGCAAAUCGAGCAACAAUAACCUGCUAAACAAAACAAUUCACUACCAGAACGCGCUAAACAACCCGCAUAUAUAUAUAUAUAUUGAAUAUAUAUAAAACAAGCAAUCACUUGCAAGUAUUGUGUGUGGUGAAAAGUGAGUGUUUAUUUUUGGGAAAUAGAAAUAGAAAUAGUUAACCAAGCCAACCAACCAAUCGCUUCCAAUGGAAAUCAUGUGCCUAAAAAUGCAAAUUGCUCGAAGAAAAUCAACAACGUCUAUUUAAAAAACAAAAAAAAAAAGCAGUCAACUCAAGCCAAUCAAAUACAAAACGUGUUGGGAAGAAGUAAAAAAAAAAAUAAAAUAAAAAAUACAGCAAACACAAAAUCAAACAACAACAGUCUCUCGCGCACACAAAUAUUUUUAUAAAUCUAUAUAUACGUACAUAUAUAAAAUUGCAUAAAAAUAUUUUUUACUCAAGACAACGACGCACACACACGCAGCAACGAGAUACACAGAUACAUUCGCCGCUCGCAUACACACGCACACAUAGGCGACGACGUGGCCCCGCUUUCGGUGUGUUCGUGUAUCUGUGUGUGAUUGUGCGACGCCAGCUUCGCUGCUCCACCAACAAAAGCAACAAAAGCAACAACCACAACAACACUACCGCCGGUCGCCAAGUUGAUUAUUAUUAUUUUAUUGGCACGCCAAAAAACCAAAAACCAAACCAAACCCAAACCCAGCGAAUAUAUAAAAAUACGAGUCUGGCAAAAAUAAUAACAAAAUCAAACAUCAACGCCGGCGUCGUUUUUGUGUUAAUUAAAUUUACUUUUGUGAAUGAAAUGCGAAAGAAAGCAAAGCGAAAAAUCACCUUUAAUAAAUGCUAAAUUAAAACCAGCAGUCGCGAUCGCGAGUAAGAAUCUGUAGAAAUCCCCCCACGUCUCCAAAUCGCCUUUGGAUUACACGCAAAAAGAAUCGAAUUCAUCACUUUGGAUACAUCUCGAAAAAUAAGGAUUACACAACAUAUUCAACACACAUUUACGGUGAUUAAUUACGGAAUUUGUACCACGGAUUGCUUUUGAAAAUCAAUAAAGCAAUCGCAGCUGUCUGAAUCUGCAAAAGGAUGAAGGCAAAUCGAGCUGAGUCCGGGCGCAGCAACUACGAUCGACGGCAUUGAGGAUCUCGGAUCUCGAGGUGGAGGAGCGAUCUCGAUAUCGAGGUGGAGCGAGUAGCGUGGAGCGGAGGAGGAGUGGAGGAGUGCAGCUGGGGGAGGAGUCCUGGUUACAACACUACAUGGAUCGCAGAAAUGGCGGCGAUCCCUUGGCGCCACCCCGGCCCCCGAAGUUAUUACCGCGCGUGCAUCGACCAAGGGCGCCGGAGCCGACGUUAAGUGGUGUCGAUUCGAACGUAGGAGCAACUGCAUCCGUAUCUGCAUCCGCAUUAGCAUCAGGAGCAUCAUCAGCAGCAACAUCCGUAGCAAUCCAUAACAACAAUUCACAGCAGCAACUUAGUAUUAGCGCCGCCGCGAGCAACAACUAUACGAUAUCGAUAAUACCCGCAUCGCCGGACUUUGACGACUAUCAGAUCCACCACCUGACCUUCCUGCCCCAGCGUCCCAGCAGUCUGAGCCGGAACAGCAGUACGGCCUCCUCGACCACGGCGACGGGCAUCAGUGUCUCCGGUUCGGGUUCGGUUUCCGGUUCAUCGUCGAGUUUCACGAGACGUCGACCGCCGGCACCUGUACCGCUGGUCAAUAGCAACACCAGCAGCAGCAGCAGCAGCAGCAACAACAAUAACAACAGCAUCAACAACAACUUCCUUAGUCAUUUCCAAAGCGCUGAGCCGGUGAGCAACGCUCUGGGCCAGCCGCCCGCCUCCCCCGUCACGCUGGCGCAACCGCGACCCGAAUCCGAAAGGCUAACCAACGAGUAUGUGGACACGCCGCUGCAACAUGCGACGCGCUCGCAGCAUCCGGCUGGCCAGCAGGAUAAUGGCCAGACGACCACCCACCAUCUGUUGCUGCUGCCCCAGCGGAAUCAGCACCUGCACCUGCAACAACACCAGCAGCAGUUGCAGCAUCAGCAGCAGCAACAGCACCUGCAACAGCAGCAGCUGCAGCAACACCAGCAACAUGCGCGACUGGCGACGACGACGCAGGCGACGUCCGUUGGAAGCGACCACACCGAUGGCUUACUACAUUCGCACCUGCAAAAUAGCACCACUAAACCACCCGCCUCGAAGCAGCCGACACCGCCCAGACUGGGCCUGGGAUUGGGAUUGGGUCUCGGUCUGAACCAGCCCAUCAUCACCAAGCAGCCGACACCCGCCACGCAAAAGGAGCACAUGCACGCGCUGGAGGAGCUGCUGCAACCGGGCGGUGCCGGCGGCAAUGGUGGACCCCUGGUGAUGGCCGGCGAUCCCAGCCUGCUGAAUCCCAUUGUGUGUCCGCGUUGCGGUCGCUGUCGCUGCGAGCAGUGCCAGAGCCCCAGGCCGCUGCCCCAGACGUGGGUGUGCAACAAGACGUGUCUGUGCAGCGCCGAGUCGGUCAUCGACUAUGCCUCCUGUUUGUGCUGCGCCAAGGCGCUGUUCUAUCACUGCGCCCGGGACAAUGACCUGGACUGCGAUGAUGGCAAUGGCACACCCUGCGUGGAUAAUCCCUGCUCCUGCGGACCCUACAAGCGCACCCAGAGAUGGGGCUGGCUUGGAGCACUGUCCAUCUUCCUGCCCUGCCUGUGGUUCUACUGGCCCAUGCGCGGCUGCAUGAAGCUGUGCGAGAAGUGCUACGGAAGGUUCGCCGGACGCGGUUGCCGCUGUCAGGGCAUCGGUGGCGGCGGUGGCGCAGGAUCCGGCGGCGGUGUGGGCAGCAUUGGAUCCACCAGCAGCAUGCUGCCCAUUGUGCCGCUUGGGGUGAAUGGCAGUGGGUUGGGUGGCGGUGUGAGCCUAUCCGGCGGCGUGACGGAUGGUGGACUCAACCAGGCCAAUGGCAAGGCCAUGGAUCAUGGAUGCAGUGCCGCCAGGAGCAUCCUGCGAAAGGGUGACCUCACCCCGGAGAAGCGGCUCCUGGACUCCAGUCCCGACUAUUAAGGGCACCUUUCCAUGUGCCCAGUUUUUUACCCGAGCAAAAACCGCGAGGCACAAAUGGGAAGCCGAACUAAAUCGUGGGCUGGAUCGUGAACAUAUACCCCCAUAUAUAUAUAUAUAUACAUAUAUAUAUACGGAAAAUAUUUAAUAUAUGAUUUAAAAGGAUAUAUAAAAGAAUAGGGAAGGAAAGAAAGAAAGAAAGAAAGAAAGAAAGAAAAAUUAAAUAACCAAAGACUGCAAACAGAUAAUUAUUAAUUAUUAGAAAUGUUAUUUAAAAAAUAAUUUUUUGCUUAAAACAAAUCGAGUGGCGACAAGUGGAAAACAAAACUGACGAAACGAAAGCGAUUAGGAAUUAUUUUUCGAACGAUUCUUUUUUUUGUAUUAUUUGAUUUUUGUUUUACUUGCUUAAUAAAACUCUUCAGUUCAACGUUCAAUUUCUAAGUCAAAUUCUUACUUUAUAAACAUAUGUAACUAGUUGUAUGCAAAUAAUUCCAAUGAAUUUUCCACGAAUGUAAAGUAAACGGGCGAAAGUUUUAUUAUUUUCAUAUACAAAACUGAAAAACUGAAAAACUGAAAAAACUGAAUAACUGAACAAUUUGGGGCAAGCGUAACAAAACACCAUAUUAUAUAUACCUAUAUACACACACGGGAGAACUUUUAGAGAAAUAUUCAAUGGCGUAAAUUAGUCAAAUAUUAUAUAUACCAAGUCCAGUCCAUUUUUGAUGUUGUAGAAAGAACAGAAACAAAAUAAAACAAAAACCGAAAAAAGGAAAACCGAAAAUUACACAAAAAUAUUUUAGAACUUUACGAAUUUAAAUCUUUAAAUUGAUAUAUUAAUGUGUGUGGUGUGGUGUGUGUAUGUGUGUUGAGGGCGACGAACUUUUCGAUAAAUUUAGAGCAACCUAUAGACCAGUCUAAAUGUGCUUAGAUACCGAUCUAGAUGUACUGCAAACCAAAAGUCAGUUAGUUUACUUUACCAACUACGAAGCCGGAACAAAUCAGAGGAGCGAAAAUAUGGGAUAACGAAAUCGGUUGCUUAUGAACUUAUUUUAUAGUUAAAGAUCGGUGGGUUCGUAGUGUUUCCAGCCAGCAGCCCCAAAAAUGUGAGCAAGAUUGUAAAUAUGAUGAAAAUUUUUAAGCGAAAUGCGAGAUACAAAAUGCAAGCAAAUUCCAAAUAAUAGAAAAAAAAAAAUAAAAAAAAAAAUACACAUCUAAAUGCAGCAAAAAUACAAAACAAACAAACAAACAUUUUUUGUAUAGAAUAUCCAUAUGAAAUAUGACAACAAAAACAGUGGCAAAUUAGCAACUUAAAACAAAUUUAUACACGUAAAAGCAAGAAGCAAGCGAAAAAAGUAAAUUAAAGAUUAAUGUUAAACACUAAAACACAUUACUAUAUGCUAUAUAUGUAAUCUGUAUAUGUACUAUAUAUAACUAUAUAUAUACGCCUAGAUAUACACACUGAAAACUAUGCUUAAAACUCCUAACUUCUAAACAAAUAAAAAAACGCAACAAAAAAGGAAAAAAGAAAAACCCCAAAAAACAAACUAAAAGCUGGAAAAACUCCUUAAAGCCUAGCCGAUAAUGAAAAUUCAAGAAGCGCAGACCUACAAACAAAAAACAGAAACAGAAACAGAAAAAUUAUACACGCAUAAAGAUAAAGAUAACGAUAAAGAUAAAUAUUAAUAUUUAAGGCACUCUAUACAUACAAAAAAGCUAUGCAUAAUGAAUAUUUAUUUUAUUUGUACAUUUCAUUAUAAUAAAAUAAACUGAGUAGAAAUGAGGACGCGUUGAGUAGGACGAGUAUGUGGGCUUUUCACUACGAUGCCCUGGAGAACCAGAAGAACUUUAUGUAAUGUUUUUAGAAUGUAUGUUCCGUUGAAAACUACAAAA